AUCCCCUCCCAGCCGCCAGGCUUUAUAAAUCCCCUCGUGCCAGCCCGCACAGCACCCGAGGGUGCCCCUGGGGCCGCCGCGAUGGCCCAGCAGCGCCGUGUCCAGCUGUCCGUCCAGCGCCCCACCAGCACCGUGUGCGUGCUGGGCACGGAGCUCUCCCUGGAUGUCGCGGGCUCCGCUCCCAAGGACGCUGUGGCCUUCCACGUGCAGGGCACGCCGGGGGUGAAGCUCUACGUGGUGCACGACUCCCAGAGCAUCAAACUGCCCUCCAGCGUGGCCCGCUGGCCCCUGGGCACCCACCCUGAGGUGCUGCUGGCCAUGGACACCCUCAGCAAGGACGUGGGGGACGAGAAGGUCAGGAUUUCUUAUUUCAGGGAGGCCGGAGGGGUCCCCGUGGGCAGGGCCAUGCUGUACCUCACCUGCGUGGAGGUCUCCCUGGAUGCCGACACCGGCCGCAGUGGGGCCGUGAGCAGGACGCUGCUGGACAAGGCAACGUGGACGUGGGGUCCUGAUGGACACGGGGCCAUCCUGCUGGUCAACUGCGACCGCGACGAUCCCCAAGCGGAGACGCCGGAUAACCGGGACACGGCCAUCCGCUCCUACAACGACCUGAAGGACAUGUCCCAGAUGGUGCUGCGGACACGAGGGCCCCGCACCAUCUUCACCGGCCACCGGCUCCUGCUCCACGUGGACUUCAGCGACUCCGAUAAAGUGGGAGUUUUCUACGGUGGCAACAGUGUGGCACUGGAGGAGUACAAACACGUGCUGGGGGGCUCCAAACUCUCCUACACCGUCAAACCCAGCCGGCACCAGGAGGAAAGCGUCUUCUACGUGGAGGGACUCGCCUUCCCCGACGUCGACUUCUCCGGCCUGGUGGCUUUCCACGUCACGCUGCUGGAGAGCCCCGAGAAGGGGCUGCUGGAGACCCCCAUCUUCACCGACACCGUGGUUUUCCGCGUGGCUCCGUGGAUCAUGACCCCCAACACGCUGGCACCUCUGGAGGUCUUUGUCUGCAGCGUGGAUGACAACAAGGAUUUCGUGGCAGCCGUGAGGGCUGUGGCUGAGAAGGCCAAGUGCCCGCUCACCGUGUGCCCGCUGCCCGAGAACCGCCACGACCGCUGGAUCCAGGAUGAGGUUGAAUUUGGCUACGUUCAAGCCCCCCACAAGACCUUCCCCGUCGUCUUCGACUCUCCCCGGGACCGGGGGCUGAAGGAUUUCCCCAUCAAGAAAAUCCUGGGCCCUGAUUUUGGUUAUGUGGCCCGACAAGCUCCAGAGGGAGCUUCUGACCUUGAUUCUUUCGGGAAUUUGGAGGUGAGCCCCCCCGUGACGGUGAGGGGCAAGGAGUACCCCCUGGGCCGCAUCCUGAUCGGGAGCAGCUUCCCCAGAUUCGGUGGCCGGAGGAUGGCAAAGGCCGUCAAGGAUUUCCUCGUGGCCCAAAAAGUGCAGGCGCCCGUGGAGCUGUUCUCGGAUUGGCUCCAUGUCGGCCACGUGGAUGAGUUCCUCAGCUUUGUCCCUGCUCCUGAUAGGAAGGGAUUCCGUCUGCUCCUGGCCAGUCCCAGCGCCUGCUACCAGCUCCUCAAGGAGAAGCAAGAGGAGGGAUACGGAGAGGCUGUGAUGUUCCAGGGGCUGGAGGAGGUGCCCAAGCCGACGAUAAACGAGAUUCUGACCAAUGAAGGGCUCCGGAAAUUCAAUUGCUACGUCCAGAGCUGCAUCAGCUGGAACAGGGACAUCCUGAAGCGGGCACUGGGCCUGGCCGAGCCGGACAUCGUGGACAUCCCGCAGCUCUUCCACGGGGACGUGGCCUCUGGCGCCGAGGCCUUUUUCCCAGACAUGGUGAACAUGCUGGUGCUGGGCAGGCACCUGGGCAUCCCCAAGCCCUUCGGGCCCGUGGUGGGCGGGCAGUGCUGCCUGGAGCAGCGGGUGCGGGAGCUGCUCGAGCCCCUGGGCCUCACCUGCACCUUCAUCGACGACUAUUUCUCCUACCACGUCCUGUCUGGGGAGGUCCAUUGUGGCACCAACGUCCGCAGGAAGCCCUUCUCCUUCAAGUGGUGGCACGUGGUGCCUUGAGGUGGUUUCAGCACCAACCCUCCUCCUACUCCUCCUCCUCUUCCUCCUCCUCCUCCAAUCCCACCCCCACCCCUGCAAGUGCCUUCAGUGUUGGAAUUAAAAACGGGCUGUGGUUCCUUUGGA